AUGUCUGGCUUCUUCCGUAAGGUCGGCGAUUCCGACUCUGAAUCCGACAUCUCCUCGUCUGAGGAGGAGCUUUCUGAGCUCGAGUCCGGAGACGAGCAGCCAAAGACCACCCAGCCCGCCGCAGGUCGUUCGCGCUUCCUCAAGGGUAGCGACGAUGACGACUCCGACUCGGACGAUGACUCGGACGAUGACUCGGACGACGAGUCGCUCGACUCGGAUGACGACGAUGACGACGAGCCUCGCGGCGAUGGCAAGAAGGCGCCCACCUCUCGUUUCAUGAAGGGUGCCGCCGACAGCGACGACAGCGACUCGGAGGAGGAGGUCAAGAAGGUUGUCAAGUCCGCCAAGGACAAGCGUAUCGACGACAUGCAGACCAUUGUCGACCACAUCGAAUCAGCCAAAAAGUCGAGCGACUGGACCUCGAUCAACAAGGACUUUGACAACCUCAUGCGCUCCAUCGAGCGUCAGCGUACUUUGAACGAGUCCAUCCCUGCCUUCUUCUACAAGGCCAUCUCCCAGCUCGACCAGUUCCUCAACGAGUCCGCCGCCAAGGAGAAGGACGCAAAGAAGAAGAUGAAGGCGCCCGUCGCUAAGGCCAUGAACGGUAUGAAGCAGAAGCUCAAGAAGGUCAUCAAGGAGAACGACGAGACCAUCGCAAAGUACCGCUCCGACCCCGAGGGCUUCGAGGCCGCUGCCGAGGCUGCUACUGCCGCCGCUGCCGCUCCUGUCGAAGGCGAGACCGCCAUCUCCAAGGGCAAGAAGGACCGUCUCGCUGCUGCUCUCGAUGCUGACGCCAACGAUGAUUUCCAGACUGUUGGCCGAGGCGGUCGCACCGAGACAUUCACCUCUGAGGGUCUCUUCAAGAGCCUCGCCGCCAUCAUGGAGGCUCGUGGUAAGAAGAGCACCGACAAGAACGAGCAGAUCCGCAAGCUUCACGACCUCUCUGGCGUUGCCGACACCCCUUACAAGAAGAUCCGUGUCAUCCUGGCCCUCGCCGCCGCCCGCUUCGACUACAACGCAUCGGCCACUGCCUACAUGCCCGUCGAGAUGUGGGACUCGGCACGCAAGGAGAUCAACGAGAUCAUCGCCUUGCUCGGCAAGAACCGCUCGUACAUUGUACGCGAAGAGACCGAGGAUUACGACGACGAGGUCGAGCGUGUCCCCAACCAGAAUGGCGAGAAGGACACCGUGGCCGUGCGAGGCAGCAUCAUCAGCUUUGUCGACCGUCUGGACGACGAGUUCACUAAGAGCUUGCAAAACAUCGACCCGCACACCACCGAGUACGUCGACCGACUUUCGGACGAGAAGAAGCUCUACGAGACCAUCGUGCUCGCUCAGGGCUACUUUGAGAGCCUGAACAACAGCGAGGCCCUGUCGCGUUGCACCAUGCGCCGCCUUGACCACGUCUACGCCAAGCAGGAUGUCAUCAUCAAGGCGCUCGAGUCGACCCUGGGCGAUGCGGCCAAGAACACCGAGUCGAAGCUCUUCCCAUCGGCGGCCCGAGUGGCCGAGCAGGAUGGCCCUGCCGUGCUUGUCCGCGCUCUCUGCACGUACCUCUACCAGGCUCGCGGUGUCCAGGCUGAGCGUCCACGAACACGCGCUGUCCUCUGCCACAUCUACUUCCACGCCCUCCACGCCGACUACCACGUUGCCCGCGACAUGUUCCUCAUGUCGCACUUGCAAGAUGCUAUCCAGCUGGCCGACGUGGCCACCCAGAUCCUCUACAACCGCGUCGUGGUCCAGAUUGGUAUCUGCGCCUUCCGCAACGGCCUCAUCAAGGAGUCGCAGGUUGCGCUGCAGGAGAUCUUCGCCACUGGCCGUGUCAAGGAGCUGCUCGCCCAGGGCGUCCAGAAGCAGAACCAAUUCAGCACCAUCACGCCCGAACAGGAGAAGCUCGAGCGUCAACGUCAGCUUCCCUUCCACAUGCACAUCAACCUCGAGCUGCUCGAGUGCAUCUACCUCAUCUCGUCGAUGCUGCUCGAGGUGCCCAACAUGGCUCUUGCAGGCAACGACCCUGAGCUGCGCAAGCGGGUCAUCUCGCGCCCCUUCCGUCGCAUGCUCGACUACACGGACCGCCAAGUCUUCUCGGGUCCGCCUGAGAACACGCGCGAUCACAUCAUGCAGGCGUGCAAAGCCUUGCAGAACGGCGACUGCGCUGCGUGCAUCGAGCUCAUCUCGGAGAUCAAGAUCUGGAAGCUCAUGCCUGGAUCGGACGAGGUCAAGGCGAUGCUGUCCAAGCGGAUCCAAGAAGUGGGUCUUCGCACGUACCUCUUCUCGUACUCGGCGUACUACGAGUCGGUGUCGCUCGCGCAUCUGGCGGCGACGUUCGAUGUGGACGAGAAGACGGUCAAGGCGAUGGUGAGCAAGAUGAUCUACAACGACGAGCUGGCCGCUUCGCUCGACCCGUCGGCGAAUGUGGUGGCGUUCCACAGGCUCGAGUUGACCAAGGUGCAGCAGCUCGCCGCGACGUUGGCCGAGAAGGCCAACUCGAUGCUCGAGCAGAACGAGCGUCUGCUGGACGCCAAGCUGGGCGAGGGCAAGGAGCAGAGGAGCGGCGCGGGCGAGAGGGGCGAGCGCGAAGGUGGACAGGCUGGUGGAAGGAGGGAGAGGAGAGGCGGAUCGUCGGCGCGUGGUCGAGGUCGUGGAAGGGGUCGCGCACAGCAGUUCCAGGCGCUCGGGCAGAAGGUGUGA